CUGGAGAGCUCGCUCGGCGACAUGGAGAGAAGAAUGUCUGCGCGCUACUUUAGGAAUAACCCUUACUCGGGCGGGAAUACAACAGUUGUUCUUCUUCUCCUUAUCGCAUCAGGUGUACUGUGUAACCAGGUGUUGGUUCCGCCGCGCGUCAGUGCAGUUCUGGGCAAGAACGCGACGCUGGCCUGUCGCGUGGAGGUGGACAGCAACCUGAGCCUGACCCAGAGCUCCUGGGAGCGCCGUCUGCCGUCCGGCUCGGUCACGCUGGCCGUGUACAACCCGCGGCUGGGCAUCUCGGUUCCGCCCGAGUACGAGCGCCGCCUCUCGUUCCACUCGCCGUCGCCGCACGACGCCACCAUCGUCCUGGAGGACGUGAGCUUCGCCGACGUGGGCAUCUACACCUGCAAGGUCGCCACCUUUCCCCUCGGCAACACGCAGGCGUCCACCACAGUCAGUGUGCUGGUGGAGCCGAAAGUAUACGUGUCGGCGGGUUCCGUGGCUCUGGUUGACGGGGGCAACGAGACGGCGGUGGCGACGUGCAUUGCGGAGCGGGCGCGUCCGCCGGCCGAGGUCUCCUGGGAGACGGACCUGCACGGCGCGUCGGAGGCCCAGCUGCAGGACGAGGCCAACGGCACCACGACUACACAGGUGCACUACAUGUGGCACCCCAGCCGGCACGGCCAGGGACACACGCUCACCUGCGUCGUCCGCCACCCUGCCCUGCAGGCCGACUUCAGGGUGCCCUACCUGGUCAGCGUGCUCUUUGCCCCGGACAUCAUGGUUCUGGGAUACGAUGGAGACUGGUUUGUGGGCAAAAACCUCCAGCUGACCUGCCAGGCUAAAGCCAAUCCCCCUGCACACCACUUCAGAUGGGUCAGGCUGGACGGGGAGAUGCCCGAGGGUGUGGAGAUGGUCAACGACUCACUGGUGUUCCGCCGACCACUGCAGCGCAACGACUCAGGCGUGUACCGCUGCGAGGUGGGGAACAACAUCGGGUUCCGCAGCCGAGACCUCCGCAUCCGCGUCCACGAUCCCCCCACGACCACCAUGUUCCCCACCAUCUAUGUUCCCGUCCUAAAGUCCAGCAACCACACUACCGCGCCCGGUAACCGGCAGCGGGCGGUGUUUACGUCCCCGACCCUGGCGCCGCUGCGGCCGGGCAGCCUGGGCAGCAUGGUGGGCGGAGCGGUCGGAGGUGCGCUCUUCCUGCUGCUGCUGCUGGUGCUGGCCGGGCUCUACUAUCAGAGGCAGCGCAGCACCUUCCGCGGAGACUACUACACCAAGCAGGGCCUGGGGCCCUCGGACAUGCAGAAGGCCCCUCCUCCUGCCCACGAGCUGCGCCAGCUCUACGGCGCAGGUGACCCCGGCGUUUGGCUUUGCCGGGACAAGGACCGGGAGGAGUGGGGCGACUACGAUAGAGAGCGUGCCCCCAACGGCCGAAGCAGCAGGGCGCUGAGGGCAGAGUUGACCGGGGAUUGCCAUGACUACCCUGAUCACCACAACUACCAGAACCAUUACAAUCACCAUAACCACCAUCACCCUGGCCACUAUCAGAACUACCAUGACGACCAGCGGAACCACCAUCACCCCGGGCCUCGUAGGUACCCUCCUCCGUCGAUGGUGACCAACGGAACCUCGUAUUUCCCUGACGAGGUCUACGACAACGAGUAUGUGUCGCACACGGACGGCUCCAUGAUCUCACGGCGCGAGUGGUAUGUCUGACUGCAUCAGAGGAGUCGGACAGCCGUCACUAAAUGAUCACACAACAUAGAAGCCACCUUUUGGGUGAAGCUAUUGCACUUUUUUGUUCAGUUUCUCUAGGUCUGCCUUCACUAAGAGACGUUUAGACAUGGACGUGUUUCCUUCACUCAGCUCUUCUAGGGAUGUAACGGAGCAUGUGCAGACGUGGUGUUUAGUCUAGAGACCUCAGCGCUGAGGAUCUGAAUCUAUUACUGGCUAGAAUGUAUGUAUGUGUGUCUGUGUUCUUUUCUUGGUCACCUGCACAGAAGAGUUUUUGUGUUUCUCGCUUCUUUGUUUUUGGUUUUUGUGCUCGUAGACUUUCAGAAGGCUUUUUUUUUUUUUGGUCCACAGAUUCUCUGUCCGUGAGCCUUCACUCUCCCUACCCAGAGAGACAUUCCGAGCUCCACUCUGCCUUUGAGCACAGUCGCCACACAACCCUCUUCAUUAUCAAGUGAAAGCCCUGGGCCUGAGGAAUGCUGGAGGGCUCCUGUCAGCACCUUACUGCGUGCUUUGUCCUGAUGCCAGACCGGUCACUUUGGAUCAGAGUUGCCAUUGUGUCCCCUCUGAGGCUCCGUAAUGGUGGCCUCUGGCACUCUGUCUUAAGAGCAUGUGCUGUGGCCACUAGCGACGGAAGAAAGGACAUUAGCAGGACACAGGAGUUUAGCUUGUUUGGUUGUUGUUUUUGUUUAUUUGUGGUGGUGUUGGGCAGAGCAAUUUAAAGGCUAUUUAAAAAGGAACAGAUAUGUUUUGUCAUAGACAUUCCCAUUAUGUUUCCCAUACAAAGAGAAUCUGGAGGAACCCCCUCGUACACUUGAUAACUGAACGCAUAAACUGUUGAAGUGCUGAUCUGUCAGUCAGCUCUGGUAUGCAAUGGUCAUGUUGUGUUUGCACUUCUCGUGUUGGAAGAAGUAGUUUACAUUGUUAGUCUGGACCACAGGCAGACUUACUCUCCUCCGACGGGAUCUGUGAACUGUGCUAGAAUUGAUCACCACUUUUGUUUGUGCCUUUUUGUCUUGCGUUUCUACGUGUAGCAGAACAAACUCGUUUAUAUAUCUGUGUGUCUGUUUCAGGGGAUGUAAGUGUGUGUGUGUGUGUGUGUGUGUGUGUGUGUGUGUAGGCAGGCAUGCAGGCUAGUGCCCUUGUCUUUGGUGCUAACCUUCGCGGUAUUAUGGUGUCAAAUGUGUAAAGGUAACUUGCCAGUGCAAUAACUUUUAUUUAUUUUGAUUUCUUAGCCAAAUUAUGUUUCACAGAUGACAUUACUGUGAUUAAUUUUUUGUUUUGUUUUUUUAUUUCCAAAUCAUCUUCUGGGUUGAAAAUAUGAGAACAUAAUCUUGAAACAUUUGAUGGAAUCUUGUUUGGGAAGCAGAGUGCCUUCUCCCCUUGAUCAUGACCUGGACGUGUGUGCAGUCUCCAGAUCAAAACCAACUCUGUCCCAGGACUUUUCUCUUCUGCUUUUAGUCUCAGACUGCAAUCCUGCUCUCUGAUCUCUAGUUCAGACUGCAGUCCUGCUCUCUGAUCUCUAGUUCAGACUGCAGUCCUGCUCUCUGAUCGCUAGUUCAGACUGAAUUCUGGGAUUGACUUCAGCUUGUUUAUGUUUGUUUAUGUUUGCUUGACAUUUAGCAUGACAUUUGUGACACCAGAGUUACAAAACAAACAAAAACAAAUACCACAAGUAACUUGAGGAAUUGUAAUAAUAAUAAUAAUAAUAAUAAAUAAUAAUAAAAAAAUAAAAAAAAACGUAGAACUGCCAGUGGAUGUAUGGGCGGUGGGACUGGACUGAGGACUUAGAGGCGGACUGGCUUUAAGCAGCGACCUUCACAGUAUCUUGUUUGUUUGUUUCUUUCUUUGGAUGUAUGUUUGUUUUUCUAAAAGGCAAAUGAGCCUGAGAAUUGAUAUGACACAUGACAGAUCCACUUCACCUGAGCGCCCAGGUGCUUCACCUCACCUGAGCGUCCAGGUGCUCCACCUCACCUGAGGGUCCAGGUGCUUGUCCAGCUCCGCCUCCUGGCCUCUGCAGUUGCAGACCCGCUCUAGAGCAGAGAAAUCACAAGACAGUAUGAUGCUGUAUGAAUGAGCUACAUUUGUUUGAAUAAAGCACCUU